CGCGGCGUGGUGUGGCGUUUCGUGGCGAUGGCGGCCGGAGGUAGCGAUCCGCGGGCCGGCGACGUGGAGGAGGAUGCCUCACAGCUUAUCUUUCCCAAAGAGUUUGAAACAGCGGAGACACUACUAAAUUCAGAAGUUCACAUGCUUCUGGAGCAUCGAAAGCAACAGAAUGAGAGUGCAGAGGAUGAACAGGAACUUUCUGAGGUCUUCAUGAAAACUUUAAAUUACACAGCCCGUUUCAGUCGUUUCAAAAACAGAGAGACUAUUGCCAGUGUCCGCAGCUUGUUGCUCCAGAAGAAGCUUCAUAAGUUUGAGUUGGCCUGUUUGGCCAACCUUUGCCCAGAGACUGCUGAGGAGUCGAAGGCUCUGAUCCCAAGCCUGGAGGGGCGGUUUGAAGAUGAGGAGCUGCAGCAGAUUCUUGAUGAUAUCCAGACCAAGCGCAGCUUUCAGUAUUAAUCUCCAGAUACCAUUCUGCUGCUGAGGGCACGACACCCCAGCCCAGCACCAUUGUCCCGGUCUCUGGAGCUGACUUACACAGAAAUUGUAUGGCAGAAGACACUUGGUGUAGGUUGCUGUGUCGGACUUGACUAGUGGACCUUGAUAACCUGACCUUGCCUCUCAGAAGGGUGAGAUGGGGUGAUGUGCUCAUAUGCUACACUGUUGACUACCUCAUACCACGGUUUUGGUCCCGGUGGUAUUUCUAAAAAUUUUUUAAGUCAUCUCUACUCCCAGCAUGGGACUUUAACUCAUGACCCCAGGAUCAAUUUACGCAUGCUCUACCAACUGAUGCAGCCAGGUGCCCCCUUUUUAAGAUUUUAUCUUUUUAGCUCCUGUGUUAUUUUUGAUUCCUAAGAUUUUGUGUUUAAUAAUUUCAAUCUGUUUAUAGUUCUUAAAACUAAUAGAAUGUAUAAAACUGGUAUAGGAAGCAAUAGUCUUAUCUCAAUGUGAAAGGAAGAAUUAAGGGGGGCCCCUGGCUGGCUCGGUCAGUAUAGCAUACAAUUCUUGAUCC